AUGCAUCCAUGCAAUGAAGGGUAUUCCAAGUGUGAAAGUGAAAAAAGUAACUCAAAGAAAAGAAGACAGUGGCAUAGGAAAUUGAACCAGGAAUUACUCACUGAAUCCAAACUUGAGGUCGAUGGUAAGGUCUACUACAGCUGUAAACAGUGCGGAAAAUGUUUACAUUCUAUAUAUACUUUCCUGACCCACAUCAGAAUCCACACUGGAGAGAGACCACAUCAAUGUGAACAGUGCGGCAAGAAUUUCCGAGUAUCCCAAGGAUUGUCACGACAUAUGAAGGAAACACAUCAAAAGAUCAAGAGCUUUGCUUGUGAUUUGUGUGAAAGGAACUUUGCUUCUCGUAGAAACGUCAUUGAACAUCGGCGUAUUCACACUAACGAGCGUCCUUACGUAUGUGAUCUAUGCGGGAAAACCUUUAAACAGAAAGCAUCAUUAUUCGUUCACAACCGAUCGCACACUGACAAUUUUCCAUUCAAAUGUUCUUAUUGUGAUUUGAAGUUUCAUACAAAACCGCCCUUAAAGGUUCAUAUUACAAAACACACAGGUGAAAAGCCGUUUUCAUGUGAUGUGUGCGGUAGGCCUUUUAGGAUAAAGUACGAGUUGAAACGACAUAAGUUGGUUCAUUCUGACGAGAAACCGUACGGUUGUGAUAUAUGUGGAAUGAAAUUUAAACAGAAAAGAUAUUUAAGGAAUCAUAGAUUGGCACACAGGCCUAAUUGUAAAAAAGUUUAG